GCAGAACAGGACGGAAGAGCCCAGCCCAACCACAGCCACCAGCCACCGCCUACCGGGCACCGGCCGCACGCAGUUUCUCCCCUCUCGCCCACCCUCUCCCCGUUAAACCCUCCUCUUUCCUUCUCCUACCUGAACAACAGCAGGAGCCCGGUAUUCCGCAUCCCUACCCAACAAUGGUGGCCGCCGUCGAGGUGGACGCGGGGCAAGAAGCGAAGCGGGGGAAGGCGACGGAUGAGGAGGGGCAGCUGACGCCGCCGCCGCCGCAGCUGCUGGAGGUCGCGCGGCCGCAUCGCCAACCCACGCCGGAUCACCCACCCUAUUGCUGGAUGAUCGGCGAGGCAAUCGACGCACUGGACGAGGACGGCGGCUCCUCGAAGGACUCCAUCUCGGCCUUCAUCUGCGCCAGGCACCCCGGCGUGCCCCCCGCGCACGAUAGGCUCCUCCGGCACUACCUCGGCAAGCACGUCGCCGAGGGCCUCUUCGUGCGAACAGCUGCGGGGCUGUACGAGCGCUGCCCCGAGGAGAACGCGGAUGAGGAGCUCACAGUGGAGAAGGCUGAGGCCGGCUCGUGCAAGCCGCCGUCCAUUGAGGCCAAGCGUGGCCGAGGCAGGCCGCGGAGGGAUGGCUCUCCUUCGACACCGCCUGCAGGCAGGAAGGAUGGCGGCACGGGGGCUCAGGGGAUGACACCGCCUGCAGGCUCUUCUUUGAUCCUGGCUGCUGCUGCCAAGGACUCUGUUCCAGUGUCACCGGUUGCUGUUGCAGACAAGGACGAAAGCCAAGCACCGUCAUUGAAGCCCAAGCGCCGUGGGCGGCUUUGCAGGCUGGGGAUGGCCACAACCACGGACAGCUCUGGUGAAGCACUCGUCGCAGGCAAGAAACAUGGCAGUGAGCUGGGACUGUUGAUCCUCGGUGAUAGCUCUGCUCCAUCCGUCAUGGACAAGGCAUGCACCGAGGUCUCUCCAAUCACGCCACCUGUGGGUGGUGAUCAGCCUCUUGCUAUGGACAAGGAUGGUGAUCAGCCUGCCCUAGAGACCACCACUGAGGUGCCUGUGUCUGAACCUGCGCCAACGCCGACGCCUGCUAUGGACAAGGAUGGUUACGAUGCUGCUUCAAUCGUGGACAAGAAUGAGAGCAUUUGGACAAUGCCCACUGCUCCAGAGCCUGGCAGCCAGGCUUGCAAGCUGGCACUCAUGGCUGCUGCUGCUGCUGGCUUUGUUCCAAAGUUGGUUGCUGACAAGAAGGGUGUUCCAAAGUUUGCUCCAUCUGCAACCUACAAGGAUGUUCUUCAGCCUCGCAAGGCUGGAUCUGCUCCAACUGCACGCAGGAAGGCUGGCGGCAAGGCUCUGUCAGAUACCCCCAAGGGCCGUCGCCGGCAACACAAAUCAGCCACGGUGGCUACUGGUGACCGAUCUGCUGUUACACCUGGCAAGAAGCUAGGCCGUAAGGUCUCGUUUGCAUCGCCCAAGUUGACACCGGUGAUUGCUGGUGGUUGUCCUACUCCAACUUCAGUUGCUGACCAGGGCAGCAUGGAAGCAUCAGCGGCGCUGAAGCAGCACGGCCAGCCUCGAUUACUCAUGGUAAAAAAAGUGCCUCGCAAACUGUACCCUGUUACCGCUGACCAGAUUUCAGAUGGUCCGGGGAUUGUUUUGCUCGCGUUGCCUUCUCAGACGCUGGCAGCGUCAAACCCGUAGCUCCAAAACAUGGGAACCUAAAGCAUCUUAUAAGCCGAACACUUUCAGAAUUGCUAAAUGCAAUGCGCAGGAUGAUAACUUUAGUGGGUUAUCUUUUAAUUAACUUUAGUGUGUUAUCUUUUAAUUAACUUUAGUGUGUUCUCUUCAACUGAAUUAUUAAGCUGCUUAGCGCUUAUGAGAAACUCAGUCACAGCAGUGCUUUAAACUGUGUGGAUGAUAGCUGGUUUAUUUGAAUCUCUACUGCAAUUUUUGCGGAUCAUUUA